AUGUCAAUUACAUCAACAUUAAACACCGCUAUGAAUCAUGGUGGGAACAAUAGACAACAUUCAACAAUACCAUAUUCAAAUACAAAUUUAUUACAUGGAACAAUUUCAAAUCACCGUCCUCAUCAUCAAUUUCUCGAUCAUUCAUUAGCCACAUCUUCAUCAUCAUCAACAACAGCAGUCACUACCCCGGCGAAUGUGACAGCCGCAGCUGUGGCCGCUGCUGCAAGUAUGGCUGCAGCCAAUUUUAAAUUAUCAGCCGAUGAAUACUCAACAUUUUAUUCUAUUAAUCGAAAUAAUCCAAGUUCAUCAUUUUCAACAAUACCAGCUUCGUCAUUAACGUCAUCCAAUGGAAAUAUGAUUAAUAAUGCACAAUUUUCUACAUCAGCGCAGUCCGAUGGUGCUUUUAAAAAAAUUAAACAUGAAUCAUUGUUAAUCAAUCCACAUUCAUCACACCAGCAUCAUUCACAUCAUCCAUCAAGUCAUAUAUUAAAUAUUCAAACACCAAGUUUAUCUCCACAUUCAUCUAAUUCAAGUCAGUCGUCACAAUCAUUGCAAAAUCCGGCCUCUUGUCAAACACCUGCACGUCGACGACAUCGAACAACAUUCACACAAGAACAAUUAGCUGAACUAGAAGCCGCAUUUGCCAAAAGUCACUAUCCCGAUAUCUAUUGUCGAGAAGAAUUGGCCAGAGUAACAAAAUUGAAUGAAGCUAGAAUUCAAGUCUGGUUUCAAAAUCGUCGUGCUAAAUAUCGAAAACAAGAGAAACAGUUACAAAAAGCACUGUCCCCUGUUUUAUCGCCAUGUAAUGCGAUGAUGCGCAAUUUUUAUCACAAUCCAGCUGGUCGCCCCUAUCAAUAUAGUAGCGGUUUACCAAAUCCUAUUAAUUCAAUGAGUCGUUAUCCACCAAUGAGUUCAAUUUCAAUGUCAUCGGGUGCUUAUUCAUCAAUGUCACAAUUUUCCCCUAUUACAGCUAGUAAUUUAAGUAAUAUGGGUAUUAGACAGGAUAAUCUUCCAUUUCAAGAUGACUGGUAUAAUAAAAGUUUAUCAUCUUUUCGUGUCGAUCAUGGUCUAUCAAAUUCCAUGCUUCAUUAUCCGGCAUAG